CUUGCGAGGCCGGAACUGAGCUGCCGCCGGCGCUAUGGCGAGCGGCGGCCUGGCGGCUGCGUCGGAAGUCGCCGUCGUUUUCCUCAUCCGCCCUGUCCUUGCCAUCGCCUUCGUCUUCACCCUCAUCCUCCUCAGCUGGUACGUGGCGUGGAGGACGGUGCUGGUGCACGUGCCGCUGGUGCAGGAGAUCGCCGGCCUGCGCCCGAAAAAGCCCUCUAAACCCAAGCCAGCCAACCGCGGCCGCUUCGCCAAGUUCUACCAGAACCAGGCCGAAGCCGCACAAAGGAACAGCAAAUCAGAAGGGGCAUCAUCUUAAGAGAAAUCCGUCACCACCUUGUAAUGAGUACCUGCCGCAGACUUUAUUAUGCAGUUCUAAUUAGAAUGCAAGUACUACCAGUGACGGCGUCUUUUUAGGAGAGAAUGUAUACCAGCAUGUGAUGGGAGCAUCCCUGCCUGCCUGACGAUACAUCAGGCUUAUGAUAGUAGCGUAUCAACUGUUUAUUGCAUGACCUUGUAAAGUUAAGGACCUUAUGAUUGUACAUAUAUAUAUACACCUGUAUACAAGAAAUAAAGAGAAGCACAUGUCCUUUGGAAUAAUA